UAAAACGAGUCACUGACAACUUCUGGCGAGAGCUGAGAACAGAGGUUUUUGCUAGGGUUUUUGGCUCUACGUUGAAAUACAAAACAGAGAAAGGAAAUGUCGUCUCUCAUGGCGAUUCGGGGAUCGCCGAGGUUCAAACUGACUCCUUUAUCUUCUUCGCUCUUCAAGGUACGUUCUCUUCUAAACCCUCAGUUCGCUUUCAAUAGCAGCAUCAAUAGGACCUUAAUCCUCUCCAAAACCCUAAGCACCUCUUAUGCUGUUCCUGAUGACUAUCAAAGACCUCCACCCUCUAGUAAUCAGGACGAGAGAAGCCCUAAUGCCCACUGGAACGGGGGGAAUUCUAAUCAGUGGGGCUCGCCACAGGGCCAUAGUAACCCUAAUCAGUGGCCCUCUCAAGGCGAAAGGAGCCAUAAUCAAUGGAAUGCACGGACCCAGACCCAUCAACAACCUUCUCAACAUAUAAACCCUGGUAACAAUCAGUUCUAUUUCCAAAAUUUGAACCAGAGUAACGCGAAUGGGGGAUACCCUGCUUCAUUUCCCCAACAACCACGACAAAACCAAAAUCAAUGGAGUCCUCAAGGUCAAAACUAUCCCCAGUUCCAAAACCCUAGUCAGGUGAAUCCUAAUCAGUUGAAUUCCCCUGCUCAUGGCUUUUCUCAUCAUCAGCAGCAACCACAACAAAAUCCUAAUCAGUGGAAUUCCCGGACUCAAAACUAUCCCCAAUACCAAAAUCCUGGUCAGGUGCGCCCUAGUGUUCAGGAUUAUCGGCAACCUAGAAGCCCAAAUCAGUGGAACAAUCAAAGUCAGACAUACCCACAAGCUAGAAAUCCUGUUCAGUGGGCUCCUCAGCAAAACCCAAAUCAAGAACGUGGGGCCUUGGAGACUCGAGUACCUAAUUUGAAUGCUAACGUCAAUGUUCCUGCCCCGGCUCCUGCUCCUGCUGCUGCUCCGGCUCCUUCAAUAGUGGAUUUGAUGCGUUUGUGUCAGGGGGGGAAGGUUAAGGAAGCCAUUGAGUUGAUGGAUGAAGGUGUUAAAGCUGAUGCUGAUUGUUUUUAUGCUUUGUUUGAGUUGUGUGGGAAACUUGAGGAUGCCAAAAAGGUACAUGAUUACUUUUUGCAAUCAACAUAUAGAGGUGAUCUCAAGUUUAACAAUAAGGUGAUUGAAAUGUAUGGGAAAUGUGCAAGUAUGACUGAUGCUAGGAGAGUUUUUGAUCAUAUGCCAGAUAGGAAUAUGGAGACAUGGCAUCUGAUGAUAAAUGGGUAUGCAAAUAAUAACUUGGGAGAUGAAGGGUUGCAAUUAUUUGAGCAGAUGAGGAAACUGGGGUUGAAACCAACUGAGGAAACGUUUCUUGCAGUUUUGUCUGCUUGUGCUAGUGCAGAUGCAGUGGAGGAAGGAUUUUUACAUUUUGAGUCAAUGAAAAAUGAGUAUGGAAUUAAUCCUGGGAUGGAACAUUAUUUGGGGGUUAUAGAUGUUCUUGGAAAGUCUGGAUUUGUUGAUGAAAUUGAAGAGUACAUUCAGAAACUGCCUUUUGCACCUACAGUGGAAAUUUGGGGUGCAUUGAGGAAUUAUGCUCGAAUUCAUGGAGAUGUUGAUCUUGAAGACCGUGCUGAGGAGCUGAUGGUUGCUCUUGACUCAUCAAUGUCUGUUGCCAACAAGAUCCCUACUCCGCUGCCAAAGAAAUUUAGUGCCAUCAGCAUGCUUGAAGGAAAGAAUAGAAUUGUUGAGUUCCGGAAUCCUACCCUUUACAAAGAUGAUGAGAAAUUGAAGGCAAUGAGUAAGGCUGUGAGUUAUGUGCCAGAUACUAGAUAUGUUCUUCAUGACAUUGAUCAAGAAGCCAAGGAGCAAGCCUUAUUAUAUCACAGUGAGCGUUUGGCAAUUGCAUAUGGUCUCAUCAGUACUCCUGCAAGAACACCCUUGAGGAUCAUUAAGAACCUCCGGGUGUGUGGUGAUUGUCACAAUGCUAUCAAGAUCAUGUCCAAGAUUGUUGGGAGGGAAUUGAUAGUUAGGGAUAAUAAAAGAUUUCAUCAUUUCAGGGAUGGCAGUUGCUCUUGUGGAGAUUACUGGUAAAGUUAUGAGCACAACACUCUCCAUAUGUAUUGAGCGAGAUUAUCUCUUUAAGGAAUUUUGAUAUGUAAAUUGCCAAAUCUUCUGAACCAUAUCUGCUACUGUGGACAGUGAAACCAGCACAUCUAGUGAUAGAAAAUAAACUUUUUACUGCUUCACAUGUGUGGUUUAGUUGUUUUAAUGAUCGAUCAAUUAUUUGUUAUGAGAUUUCCCUAUGUUAACAA